AUAGCUUCACUUCUGUCUUCCGCCUUAUAGCAGCCUCAGUAUGUUUGCGGAAGAGCUGAAGGCCUUCCGAAGGCUGGGCGUCCGAGGGGUUCUGGUGCAACUCCUCAACUUCGCGUCCGUAAUUGCGUCUGGUUUAAUGAUGUGGAAAGGCCUCGGACUCCUUACGAAUACAGAAAGCCCGAUUGUAGUUGUACUGAGCGGGUCCAUGGAACCAGCGUUCUACCGCGGCGACCUUCUCUUCCUCACAAACCCUCCAAACGUGCCAUACCAAACCGGCGACAUCACCGUGUACAAAGUCCCUGGCAGUCCCAUCCCCAUCGUCCACCGCAUCCUCGAAACGCGGGGGAUAGUCCGCAACGCGCCGAAGAGCGCUAUCGCCCAGGACGUCGCGGACGGGCAGAAGAGCGCGGUGCUGCGCGCUGUAGAGGGCCAAGAGGUCGAGCAGUUGCUGUUGACGAAGGGGGAUAAUAACCCGAUCGACGACGUCGAUCUGUAUAAUGGCUUGGAUUGGCUGGAGCGAAGGCAUGUCGUGGGUAAGGUCCGAGGGUUCUUACCAUACAUUGGAUACGUGACGAUCGCCAUGAAUGACCACCCGAACCUGAAAUACCUCCUACUAGGUGUCCUAGGGUUGUUCGCUCUCAUACAGAGGGAGUAGUCUCUAUCGUCUGAUCUUGUACUGUAACUGCCUAAUUAUUGGAAUUCUCGAAA